CCUUCCCCAUCUUUGUUUCCCCCUUUUUUUCUCUUUGCUCAUGCUCCUCCUCAUCCUCGUCCUCGUCGUCCUCUCCCUCGUCGUCCUCGUCGUCCCUGCAGCCCUUUUGUGUUCAGGUGCUCAGGCCGAGCCUCGCUCCGGAGCCCGACCCGCUCAGGCAGGCCCCCCGCGCGAGCAGCGCCCUGUGACACUUGCCAGCCGGAGCCAUGGCCCAGAACAUUCUGGAACAGGCCAAGGCCAUGCUCGAGGAGGCGGAGCGGCUCCUCGAGGAGCAGGCUGCUGCUGGCGCUGGCGACGCGGACGCGAGGUCUCUGUUCGAGUCGAGGAUGGGGGAGGCGCUGGUCGCGGCGCAGGAGGCUCUUGUGGAGUUCAGGAGGGCCUCCGACGCGGAGGGCAGGCUCUCUGCGUUGGAGGUCGUGGUCCAGUGCGGCCUCGCGCUGAACGACCAGUUCGGGCCCCUGAUGGCGGCCAGCGACGAGCUGGCCAUGCUCAAGAAGACAGGAGACAAGGCGGCCACCUCCAGAGCGAUGGACAUGCUGCAGAGCGUUCAGUCCGCUCGUGGCGACCCUCAGGCGGCCCUCGAGACGGCGGAGGAGUGGCUGAGCCUGCAGAGGGAGCUCGGCGACCUUCCCGGGGAGGCGAAGGCCCUGCGGGUCAAGGCGUCCCUGAAGCUGGACGUCGGCCGGCACAACGAGGCCGCCGCGCUCGCGGCCGAGUCGCUGAAGCUCUACCAGCAGCUGGGCCUCCAGGAGGGCGCGGCGGCCGCCCAGCGCACGGUCAGCCGCGUGUGCGCCGCGAGGGGCGUCGUCGACAAGGCGCCCAACCGGCAGGAGGCCUUGGAGGCGCUGCAGGGACUGGCGGCCGCCGUCGAGGCGCGGGACCAGCGGGGCUGGGACGCCGCCCUGAAGGUGCUCAACGAGACUGGAGCUUACUCCCAGGCGGAUGUGGACGGCGUGAUGAAGAAGGCCCUGGAGAAGGACCCCGUGGGCGCCCAGGACUUCCUGGACAAGCAGGGGAUCGGCUCCGGCCAGAAGAAAGAGCACACGAAGUCCGCGUCAGACGCGAAGUUCCACAUUAAGGAGAUGAACCAGACGGACCUCUACGUCAACUUCCGGGCUGGCGGUCUGCAGUACGGGCCCCGGUUCAGGUGCCUCCAGGGCUACGGCUUCGAGUCGUCGAAGGGCCGCGGCGCUUUCGCGGUGCUUCAAGUGUCCGAGGAGAGGACUGGGAGACUGAGCUCGCCUGGAAUCCGGGGAUCCUGGACGGGAUGCUCCAGGCGACGAUCGCGAUCAACUGAGCCCGCAGGGAGACCUGGCCCAGCGCCUCCUCCCCCCCUCCUGCUCCGCCUGCUCACGCUCCUCGCAACCCCGAUGCUCCUCCUCUCCUGGUUCUCCACAGAAUAAGAGUGGCCGGGCGGCCACUGCCGCGCGCAGGGAAUGGCCGCCAGCAGGGCCCGGGAGUGGCAGCCCGGGCCCCCCGUCGCGCGCUGCGCUCGCGGGGGCGCCGACGAUGCGCGGGCCUCGAAAGGAAUGAGCUCCGCAUCGUCCUCGUCCGGCUCGUCACAGUUCGCCAGCAUCAGGUGCAAUC